GCAAUGCGGCAUAUUGGCCACCAGGGGUCUCUGUUCUGCGUGUUUGUUUUUACACUCUCCCGAUUAGCUCCUUUCUCAUUGUCAUAACACGGUGGAGGAAAAUGGCAACUCCAGUGCACGUUUGCAGUCCGCAAUACAGAUCGAUGUUGUAGGCGCGACCAUGAGCUAAACAUGGGAUAUGUUUUAUUCCGCUGUGGUGACAGAGAGCGAUAUGCUGUAGAUCUUUCGAGACAUCUGCAUUGCUUUUGAUCCGAGGACUGACUGUGCAUCGCUGGAUGGGCAAAUACAUUCAAGCUGACCAUUGUUUUAUGGAAUAAUACACGUGCUGUAUUUAUACUCAUUAAAAUACAUAUUUAUGCGCCGAUAGCUUUACAUACAUAGGCUUGGCUAAGUUUCUUUUUUCACCUUUUAAAUUAUUUAUUGCAUCCAUAUAUUCGUUGGGAUAUCAUCAGAAAAUGAGUGAACAGAGCAUAUGUCAAGCCCGAGCCUCUGUGAUGAUCUAUGAUGACGCUAGCAAAAAAUGGGUUCCAGUCAAACCGGGCCAGCAGGGCUUCAGCCGCAUCAACAUCUACCACAACACUGUCAACAACAGCUUCCGUGUGGUGGGAGUCAAACUACAGGACCAGCAGGUCGUUAUAAACUACUCUAUUGUGAAAGGUCUGAAAUAUAACCAGGCCACGCCAACUUUCCACCAAUGGCGUGAUGCGCGGCAAGUUUACGGGCUGAACUUUGCCAGCAAAGAGGAGGCCACCACCUUCUCCACUGCCAUGCUGUUUGCGCUCAAUGUCCUGAGCUCUCAGGAUGCAGGGCCAGGAGCACAUCGUCAGAAUGGAUCGGUGACAGAUGAUGCCGAGGCUCAGAGAAGGCAAAUGAUGGACCAGAUACAGAUGGAAAGGGAACGACGAACAUCUGGCUCUGCAGUCUCCACCCUUCAGUUUAAAGUAUCAGCAUCCGCCUCUCAGUCCGAAAACACUCUGCAUGACCUCAGACAGUAUCGGGCUAACACUCUUCCCCCUUCCUAUGCUCACUUUAACCCCACGCAACCUUCCUUCCACACCUCCUCUUCAUCCCAGGAACGAGAGAGUGGCUACCGUACAGUGGACUCCCCUAGAAAAAAGGCACAGCAGCUUUGCCAGCUUUCCACCUCUCUGGCUUCUGCUUUCUCCCCCGUGCAGCCAGGUAUCACCCCUCCACCUCGCAAUGUCAAGCAAAUCCCUCUUUCCCCUCCAAUGACCCACCAGGACCCCAAACAUGCCACAUGGUCCUCCACCCACAUGUACACUCCAUUACCCACAGCAUCGCCACCUGUUAUAAUGGCAGUGCCAGCCAAACAACCUGCUCUGCCUGUUGCUCUCCCCUUGCCACCCCUAAACAACGGCCCAUCCUGUGGCUCCAAAGCUCCUGCUAACACAUCCCACUUGGAGCCUGUAACACACCACCAACAGUCUUCCAGUGGCCCGGCAGAGGAGUACUGCCCGUAUCAAAACCCUCCUUUGCUGGCCACCUCUGGAGCUCUGUCGCACCCACACUAUCCCAUACUAGAAUCGCCCCCCCUGCCCCCUCUCAUUGGCCAGCCUGUCCAAGGCCCUGCCCUCCACCAGCAGCAGCUAUACCAGGCCACACCCCCAUUCAACACCACAGCCACCUCUCACACUACUCUGUGCGAGGGGGCAACACCCAAGAUGUCUCCCUCUCCUGUUUAUCACAACGCCACAGCGUCCAGCACAGGUCCUCCUGUUCCACCGGGUCAUCCUUCCAUGCUCUCAUCCACCCCUCCUACUCACCCCCCUACCUCAGCAUCCAUGGCGGGUCCACCAGCCCCUCCGCCCCCUCCUGGGCCUCCCCCACCUGGGCCGCCUCCACCCGGGCCUCCACCACCCUCCAUAGGGCCCCCUCCUGCCCCUCCUCCACUGCCGGCUGGUGGAGGUUUUGCUCCGUCAGGUCUGGCUGCAGCUAUAGCUGGUGCCAAGCUGCGAAAAGUUCAGCGGACAGAGGAAAGCAGUAACAAGAACGAUGCCAAUCGCUCCAGUGGAGGCAGUGGAGGAGGUGGAGAGGGUCUCAUGCAGGAGAUGAAUGCCCUUUUAGCACGGAGGAGGAAGGCCUCAGAGAAACCAGAAGACAGUCAAAAUGAGGAGUCUAAUGGAUCGCCUUCAUCUUCUCGUGGACAAAAUUCAGAUCCUGUGAAGAAGCCAUGGGAACGAGCCAACUCUGCAGACAAGUCUUCUGCUGUGUCAAGGGCAAAACCAAUCGGAAGCACCAGUGAUGCUGAGUCAUUCGACUUUGACAGAAUGAAACAGGAGAUCUUGGAGGAGGUUGUGCGGGAAUUGCAGAAAGUAAAAGAAGAAAUCAUUGAUGCCAUUAGAAGGGAACUGCUGAGGAUUGGCUCCACGUAGUCUUAAGAAAUGUCAAUGACUACGACAAACAACAACUGAAGGUUCGGGGAAGUACAGGAAAGCGCACAUGAAAAUGUUUUCUCGCAGCAUAUCUGCAAUGCUAUGGAAAAUUCAGUUGUAGAAAUGUUGUGCAGAUACAAAAAGGACAAGGGAAAGCUGAGGAACAGAAGGAAUUGGAGCGAGUGAUUGUGUGUAGGGAUGAGUGCAUGAACGAGCAAAUGGAAAUAUAGACCUUCACACUGAAUUUUCUAUUUCCUCCAGUAUGAACGUUGAGACAGUCCACUGUGCAGCUUGCUGCUCUCGCUCUUUCAAGUCUUAAAGUCAACUCAUUGGAAAUUGAUGAAGAUAUUUUUGUUUUCUAAGUUUUUAUCGUUUCAUUGGUCAUUGUUAUUAUUGUUAAGAAUUGUAUUAUAUUAAAUGAGAGAGAUACAAAGUUGGACAA